AACACCACGAGGCAAAAUCAAAAUAAAACCGAUGGUUUGUUUUCUUCUCGGUGUAAGGCAGGAAAGUUACAAUUAAAAUUUAGGAAUUAGAACAAACUACGCUACAGCACACACUAAACAACAAAAUGCCGUACGCAAGAAAGAAAAUGCACAGUGGAGACACACAUCUACGGCGCCGGUGGCGGCUGAGAAACCGGCGAAAGGAUCUGGAUGAAAUCGAUGCAGAUUUGAAGGCUGAACCGGAAAAGCUGUUGCAGCAGGAGAUCGAUCUGGACAAGCCGGGAUUCGGACAAUUUUACUGCAUACACUGUGCUACGUACUACAUCAACGAUCAAGCACUCCAAGCGCACUUUCGCACGAAAGUGCAUAAGCGUCGUCUGAAGGCUCUUGAAAUUGAACCUUACACUGUUGAGGAUUCGUUACGAGCGGCAGGACACGGUAGUUUCAUACAGCCCCAGAAGCGCAAGAUGGAAACACAGCCUUGCCUAGCGGAUGUGGAAGCGGGAAAACGAAUCAAGGUAGACACGGUGAUGGAAGAUGAGAAACCUGCCAAGCGAGAGUUAUCGAAAUCCAAAACGUUUACCGAUUACAAGAAGCUGCUGGAAGAACUUUGAAUAAAUGGCGCAGUAAAUGGAGAAA